UUGAGCUUCAAUUGGUGGCGACAGCACACGCUGAGCUCUGACAUUGACCUGAUCUACAUAUCUGUAGGGUCCGACCAUCCCUUCAGCAUGCCUACACCAAUCUCUGUGGAGGACAUGCUCGCGAAGCAAAAGGCUGAAAAAGAAGCAGCUUCUAAACCAAAAUUCCUCUCAAAAGCUGAACGAGCGGCUUUGGCUCUGGAGAAGCGCAAUGCCGAGGUCAAAGCUCAGCAAGAGAGGGAAGAAGCCGAGAAGUCUGACCGGAUCGCCUUCGAGAAAGCCGCUGAGGAGGAACGCCGUCGACAAGAGGCAGCGCGGUAUGGCUCUGGGUCUGAUCGGUACGACCGGUAUGGAAACAGGGAUGGGCGGUAUGGGGGUCGAGAUGACCGUCAUGGUGGUCAGAAUGGAUACGGAAGGGAUGCGCGAGAUGGUCGGCAGAACGGACGAGGAGCAGACUACGGUCAUCAGAAUGGAUCACAUCGACAUGGACCUCCUAUGAAUGGUGGUCCCCCGUCUGGACCUCGAGGUAAUGGACCUCCUGCUGGACCUCGAUCAAUGCAUAAUGGUCAUCAGGCUCAUACAUCAUCUCCCCUUGCCUCGAGCUCGAACGGAAUCACCUCAUCCCCCAAGCCCAACGUUCCCGGAGAGGCGGCUUUGCCAACAGACGCAGAGCUCGACAGUAUCCGAGCGAGAUACCUUGGUCAAAAAGUGGUGGAGAAGAAGCCUAGAUUAAGAAAGGAGGGUGGUAACAACAACAAGAAUGUCAACUUUGACUGGAAAGCGGAAGAUGAUACGUCUCGUACGGAAUCAGCAUGGGCAAUGGAGGCGCGAGGUCAAGCUCAAAGCGUUUUAAUGACAGGUCGCCAAGCUCAACCCAUGACUGCGGAGCAAGAGAAGUAUGCAGACCCAUUGGAGAGGAGGAAGGCAGGCAAGGGAACAGCGGACGAACGCCAUUGGUCUGAGAAGCCUCUAGAUGCAAUGUCAGAUCGGGAUUGGCGAAUCUUUAGGGAAGACUUUAGCAUAUCCGCUAGGGGAGGUUCUAUACCUCUUCCGCUUAGGAGCUGGAGGGAGUCAGCUAUACCGGAGAACAUUCUGGACGUGGUGGACGAGAUCGGCUACAAGGAGCCAAGUCCGAUUCAACGUCAAGCGAUCCCAAUUGGUUUGACCAACAGAGACUUGAUCGGUAUUGCGCAGACAGGUUCCGGAAAGACUGCUGCAUUCGUCAUACCCAUGCUCAACUAUAUCUCCCGACUACCACCUUUGUCGGAUGAGAAUCGUCACUUGGGUCCUCAGGCCCUGAUCAUCGCCCCUACGCGAGAAUUAGCUCAGCAGAUUCAAACGGAAACAAUCAAAUUUACCUCAAGAUUGGGUCUGACAACGGUUGGCAUUGUCGGUGGUCGAGAAGUCGAAGGACAGAUGUGGGAAUUGAGGAACGGAGCAGAAGUCAUCGUGGCUACGCCUGGUCGUCUCAGGGAUAUGUUACAGGGGUCAAAGAUUGUCUUGACCCAGUGCAGAUAUGUCGUCCUCGAUGAAGCUGAUAGGUUGCUUCAUCUUGGAUUCGAACAAGAGCUCAACGAGAUUCUCGACUCCAUGCCCGCCUCCUCCUUCAAACCUGAAAAUCAUGAUGUGGCAAACAGCAAGGAGUUGCAAGGUUACCGAGUCACUACGUUAUUCAGUGCUACUUUCCCGGCCGACGUCCAACGACUGGCGAUGAAAUACCUUCGAAAGCCAGCGACGAUCACCAUUGGUAAUGUCGGAGAAGGUGUGGACACUGUCGAGCAGCGGGUCGAAUUUGUCCAAAGCGAAGACAAAAAGACAAAACGACUCCAAGAGAUUUUACGAUCAGGGGAAUUCGCCCCUCCCAUUAUCGUCUUUGUGGGUCAAAAGAAGACGGCAGACACAGUCGUCAAGUAUGUCCACCAAGGUGGCAUGUCGGCUGUAUCACUGCAUAGUGAUAAGAGUCAAGCUCAGCGAGAGGAGUCCUUACAGGCUCUCAGGGAUGGAGAGGUGUCUGUCUUGGUCGCUACCGACGUAGCAGGACGUGGUAUCGAUGUCCCAGAUGUUUCCCUCGUCAUCAAUUGGCAGAUGCCCUCGUCCAUCGAGCCUUAUAUCCAUCGAAUUGGUCGAACGGGACGUGCUGGCAAAACUGGAGUUGCCAUCUCGUUCUUGGCAGAGUCCGACUCGGAAAUCUUUUACGAUCUCAAGCAGGAAAUUGCUCGCUCUCCUAUUUCUACCAUGAAUCCCGAACUUGCCCGCCACGAAGCGGCGAAGACUCGCAUGACGGCUGCCAUGAAACGCAAAGCCGACGAGCUGGGAGAGUAGGAAGCAGGCCCUAUAGCGUUGUAUCUCGCAGUAUGAAUGCACGACCUCCACAUCUUUGGUG